AUGGAGACUAGUGUGAUCGGUGCAAAGAUAAAAAUACAGUGUCCUGGAUGUGGUGCAGAAGAGCUAUCGUAUAAUACAGCACAGCUCAGAUCUGCAGACGAAGGACAAACAGAUUAUUCACCAGGAGAAUCUACUAAUGAGGUUGGUGGUUCUACCCUGCUAGAGACGUUUGACCCUGUAGUUGUGAGAUUUUCAGAUCUCUAUAAAACAGCCUUGGAGUAUUUGAGGCAAAUGGACAUAGUUAGGCUAGAAUCGGUCCUAAAGGAAAUGGAUGGUAUACAGAGCUGUACUCCAGAAUCCUUUGUACUGAAGGCCUUUAUAGAUAUGGUUCGAGAUAAGCCAUUGGAAGCUUACCAUGAUUUGAAGAAGUUUGUUGAAAUGAAGCGCCCAGGCAACUUAAUAGCAAUGGAAUGCAUUGCACACUGGAACUUCUCAUCGAAAAUCUACGAUACAGCCUUUGAACAAUAUAUUAUGUUGCUAGAAUCACAUCCUUGUAAGACAUUGAAAAUAUCCCAUCUGGCUAGAAUUGCAAUUUGUAAAAAACAACUUGGAUUCUACGAUAUUGCAGAGGAUAUCUGUGAUGUACUAUUUGCUACACCAGAGGGAUAUCAGCAGUAUAUCUAUUUUAUGACAGAAAAAAUUCAUAUCAAUAUUCUUAAGGAAAGUGAUCCCUACUGUACCUAUGUUAUGAUCAGAAUAGGCAUGGAGAUGCCGACACCUGCCACACCUCUGAACAGAUAUUUUGCUAAGCUUCUGGAAAGUAACAGCGAUAAUGUGGUGUUUCUUAUGACCUAUGCAAACUAUCUGCUAUUAACCAACCAUUUUUCAUCCGGAAUGAGAUACUAUCAAGAGAUUCUUGUGUCUGAUCCUCACUACUAUCCAGCCAAUCAGAAUUAUGAAUAUUUGAACCAGAUACUGAUCUCUUCCAAAUCAAAGGAUAUCUAUAGGCCUGUAGAUGACAGCUUUUACAGUGACAACCGUCUCAUUGACUGUGAUCUAAAUCCAGAAUAUGUUGGAGGAAUGAAGACAAUUUUCGAGCAAUCUUGGUUCAGGCAUCCUGAGGAAUAUAUUCUUACCAAUGUUCCAAUGUCUGAUGAAAUCAGAUACCAAUACUUUCUAUCAAUUGCAUAUUAUGUGUCUGAAUUCGGAGAUUUAUUCAUCAACUCUACUCGCAAAGAUACUGCUGAACUGUUCAUGCACCAUUUCUCCAUGAUAUAUCAGAUCCUUUCCUGGAAAUUGCAAAGACUUUAA